UUACACUCUGAUUUACUUGAAGGUUUAAAAAGUAUAAAUAUACUUGCACCCACAGAAAUUCAGAGGAAAGCAUUUCCUUAUAUUAAAGAAAAAGAUUCCGUUCUUGUGGUUAGCGAACCAGGGAGUGGAAAAACUUUGUCAUAUUUAGUCCCAAUUAUAGACGAAUAUAAAAAGAAAUUUUCCACCGAAUCUUCUCUGUUUGGCCUGGUUUUUGUUCCAACCACCGAACUUGCUGAGCAAGUAACGAAAGUCAUUAAAUCUCUAUCUCAUUGCGUCAAAAUCAAAAGUGUGUUUUUCAGGCCCACGUUACCAGCGGCAACUUUCCUUAAAAGACUUGAAAAAGAUUCUCCCCAACUAGUUGUCACUACUCCUUUUCAUUUCUUAAAGGCUAUAGAAAAAGGAGCAUUCAAGCCGUUUGCGAAGUUGCGGUACGUUGUUGUGGAUGAAACGGACUCUCUUAUAAGAGACGACUUUGGACGUGUUAUGCAGAAGAUAUUCACCCUUAUUAAAGGCGCUUGUGUUAAAGCUGUGUUUGUUACUGCAACUUUUUAUAAGCCUUUUUGCAAUGAAUUAUAUCACCGUUUUCCACGAAUGAAGGAGUCCGUUCAUGUUAUAUCUGAUUCAUUGAACCUCGCCAACUACAGAGUGAAGUACACUUUUGUACGCUACUCGGCGAACAGCACAGAAAGAGUAGAGUACCUCCUGCGGUUUCUUCAGGGCGGUCGAGACCUCAAAACGAUUAUCUUCUGCAACACACUGCGGACAGCCGCGCUGCUCUCAUCGCUUCUCAGCAAAAGCCGCAUAUCUCAUUCCUAUUGGAACGGUAGCCUCCUGUACACUCAAAGAAGGCAGGCUCUUCAGAAUUUUAAGGAGGAGGGCGGCGUUAUUGUAGCUACUGACUCUCUGGGAAGGGGACUGGACUUUGUAAACGCUCAAGUGGUCCUGUUCGACUUCCCAAGAAGCGUGGAGGAGUGGGUACAUCGGGUCGGAAGGACGGGGAGGGCGCGGUCACAAGGAAGAGUUCUCUGUUUCUACUGCAAGAAAAGCGCCCUUCUUGCCUGUGAGAUUAGCAAUGCGCUGAAUCAGGGAAGUCUGGCCGCUCUGUCCUCCCGAGUCGAACUGCCUCGAGAGUUUUACUUCCGAGCAGGCGAUCCGAAGUACUAUAACAAAAGGCGCAUUAUUGAAGGCAAGGACGGCAGGAAGGUCGUUUUUCGGCCAAUGCCAUCUCCUUUUUACAGCCAAGAGUCAGCUUCAUCCGCCAGCAUCGAGAAAAUUCAGAACUCCGAUGUGAAGGCCAAAAGAGUGCACGUAAAAAUAAUCGACAUCCGACCUUCCGCCAUAGAAAAAAGGAGGAACAAAAAAGGAAUUAGGCUCUCUUGUCACUCUUCUUCAAGUACUGCGACAUACAGGAAGGCAAGAAGUCCGCCAUCGGAAGGCCGGAUGUCUCGUUCAUUGGGAAACAAAAGACUCGAUCAUUUAAAAAAGUUUCAAAUAUACGAGUGAAUAAUAAGCCAAUCAUUUUAUUAAUAAAAUAUCAAAAAUGGGGCGAUUAUACUUCGUACCAUUUUCGCCUCUUUUCUCGUA